AUGGGAUCUUCGUCUUCUUCUUCUUCUUUUUCGGGAUCUUCACUUUCUUCAACUCAUUGCUACAGAAUAAAGUCUCCGGCUAUUCAGAAAAGGCCCCAAUCUACUCAAUAUUGCUCAUCAAGGAAGAGUAUUCGUCGUUUUCAGAAUCAGAUAAAACAAAAAUCGAUAAUAAGCACUAAAGGUACUCGUGGAAAGGGUACAAGAGGUCGCGGCGGAGGCCGUGGAGGUGCUCGGCCUGGGUCUUCGUCAUCUGGUCACAUGCCUAAUGUUGAAGCUAGGGAGGCACCGGCUUCCUCUGUGACUGAGACUGGGUCUCAUGAUAGUGUGGCUGGGGAUGACGCAUUUUCUCAAGCCAUGUUAAGAAUUUUAGAGAGAGUUGCCCCUAAUGUGGUAGAAUAUUGGGUUGAGGCCACAAGGAGGAUCAUGGGCGAUCUCGACUGCACCCCCGAGCAUAAACUAAAAGGUGCAGUGUCAUUGCUGCGAGAUAAAGCCUAUCAGUGGUGGCUUAAAGUUAAGGAGGGAACUCAGCCCGAUCAGUUGACCUGGGAAUUUUUCAAGACUAUUUUCCAAGGAAAAUAUAUAGGCGCUAGUUAUGUGGACGCCUGGAAGAGAGAGUUUCUGAAUUUGACUCAGGGGGAUAGAUCAGUAGCUGAAUAUGAGGCUGAAUUUUUACGAUUAAGCCGCUAUGCGCAUGGGAUGAUGGCAACUGAAUAUAAGCACUGUGUUUAUUUCGAGGACAGCCUCAGAGAUAGUCUACGGGACAGAGGUAGGAACAAGAGGGAUUUAGAGCCCUCAAGUUCAUUUCUGAGGCCUAAGAAGAAGGCCAGAGUUGAUGGGCUAGUCAGAGUUGGAGCCCAUGUUGCUGCUACGGGAUCACAACCUUGUGCAGAUUAUGGGAAACGUCAUCAAGGCGAGUGUUGGAAAAGGAUUAAGGCAUGUUUGAGAUGUAAAUUAUUGGAACACCGUAUUAGGGAUUAUCCAUGGAGGCUAGAGAAGAUGCAAGCUACAGGUUUGGGUAAUAGGGCACCGGGUAGAGGUCCUGGUCAUACUGAGGCGAGGCAGGUAGCUCUGGUUUAUGCUGUACCUCACCGGGAGGAUAGAGAUGCCCCAGAUGUUAUCACGGGCAUAUUUUUUAUCCGUAAUGUAUCUUAUACUAUACUGAUUGAUGUUGGAUCUACUCAUUCCUAUAUAGCAUGCACUGUGUCUGAGACAUUGGGUAUAAUGGUUGAAAGCACCACGAGUAAAGUUACUAUGUUGAGUCUACUAGGGCAGUUAGUUAGGGUAAAUAAAUUGUUUAGAGAUAUACCUUUGGAGGUUCAAGGAGUGAUCUUCUUGGCAGAUUUAAUGGAACUUCCUUUCGGAGAAUUCAACUUAAUUCUGGGAAUGGAUUUGCUAGUGAAACAUCGAGCAAACUUAGACUGUACUACUAAAUAG